CUUACCAGUGCCAUUCUUCGGGCAUGAUUUACUUGGUGAUGUAGAAGGAAGUUGGGCUCAAUGGCCAAUAAAACAAGUUCUAUUAUCACAAGAGCAAGUUAACCACUCACACCGGAAAAAGAGGAUGCAAACCGAUAAAAGUUCAACUGAUAGUAGGUUAAAUUUUCAACCCCUUUCCCAAGAGGAACAAGAUGUGGACAGUUCACACUUCAAAAUCCGUGCUUCCACUGUUGGGACAUUACCUCCAAGCUGCAAGAAACUCUAUGGCAUGCUUCAAUCUCAAAACCAGGACUUCUGUUUUAAUGUUGAUCUUGGUGAAUAUCUUUUUCCCUCUUUUGGAAAUCAAAAAUCAAAAGCUUAUGUAACUAGUGAUGACAUUGAGCAGUUUUUUAACAUGGGAUGGCUACACACAUCAAUUGUUCACAUUUGGAUAAGGUUUUUGGACUCUAAUUCCAAACAUUAUCAAAUUCAAGACGAGAUUGGAUUUCUAUGUCCUUCAAAGCUUGCCAUGAUUAAGAGUAGACCUUCUUAUCUUGCGAGUUACUUGAAUCAUUCUAUUUCCCAACUCAGAAUGAAGAAGUUCUUAUUUGCUCCCUUUCAUCAAAGCCAUCAUUGGAUGCUUGUUGUGAUUAUUAUGGAAAGAGCCGAGGCUUUACUCUUCAAUUCAUUAGGAGUUGGGUUAAUGGGGCCCGAGUUUGAAGAUUUGGAAAUCAAAGGACAUUUGUCUCUG